AUGCAGUUGGUAGCAGAGGUGAUGGGCACAUAUUUCUUGAUAUUUACGGGUUGUGCUUCGGUGGUGGUGAACCUUAAUAAUGAUAAGGUGGUGACACUUCCUGGGAUUGCAAUUGUUUGGGGACUUGCUGUUAUGGUUUUGGUUUACUCUAUUGGUCACAUAUCUGGUGCACAUUUUAAUCCAGCUGUUACCGUUGCUCAUGCUACCACCAAAAGAUUUCCCUCGAAGCAGGUACCAGCUUAUAUCAUGGCUCAGGUUAUUGGAUCCACGCUUGCAAGUGGAACUCUCAGACUUAUAUUCAGUGGAAAAGAUAACCAUUUUACAGGAACACUUCCUGCUGGUUCUAACUUACAAGCUUUUGUGGUGGAAUUCAUAAUCACUUUCUUCCUCAUGUUCGUCGUCUCUGGAGUUGCCACAGAUAACAGAGCGAUUGGUGAGUUGGCUGGGCUUGCAGUUGGAUCUACAGUACUGCUAAAUGUGUUGUUUGCCGGGCCAAUUACUGGAGCAUCAAUGAAUCCAGCAAGAAGCUUAGGGCCUGCAAUUGUCCACGGUGAGUUCAAUGGAUUAUGGAUAUACAUGGUUGCACCACAUCUGGGUGCUAUUGCUGGUACAUGGGCCUAUACUUUCAUCAGAUACACAAACAAGCCUGUGCGUGAGCUCACCAAGAGUUCCUCUUUCCUUAAAGGAACUCAGUGAUACCCAAGAAUUUAUUAUUUUCUCUUCUUCAUUUUGUUGUUUUGAAGAUGUGGUGGUGUUUUUGUCAGAAACUAAACUUUAUUCUUCAGAAAUGUUGAGUCACAGAGGGAUUGAUAACAGAGCACCUGUGCGUAGGUAGUGUGUAAGAAAUAAUCACUAGUUUGGGGUUUUUGCAAAUGUAUAACCCAGCAAUACAG